GAUAAAGCCCUUGAAUAUGCCAAUCCAGUCAUUGCGCGUUUCGAAAGUGAGUGGUGACUGGUGACUGCAAACUUCCCAAGAAGUCUUUGAUGCCCACAUGGGAAAGUCAUGGCAUCACACAAGGCCACUUCAAAGGUGCCAACAGCGAUGCCUAUCUCGGAAGAGGUCAUCGCCAAACUGGCCUUUCUUGAUGCUUUUCCAACCAUAUAUCUCGAAGACAUCAUCUCGAAUGUGGCCAGUGUGCAAAUACCAUCGAAGAGUGAACCUGCGGACCAUAGCAGAACAGAAACUGCUGAGAGCUUCAUGGACGAUUUGCUUGACGGGGUCGUGUUAGGAGGAGCUAAAACUGAGAGCAUCGACCUAGAUAAUUUAACGUGCACGCGGAACAGUUCUACGCAGACAGACACAGCGGAGGUCUGUUUACUGGAGACGUGCAUUAGAAAACCCUGCUGUGAAACUUGUCAGUGGACAACACCAACACACUUGGAGACAUCUACUUUGGAAGGAUUCACACAAAGCAGUGUCGCAACAGCGAGCGAUAAAUUCUAACGUCGCGAACUUCAUCAAGAUGUAACCCGUGCAGCAGAGGAGAGUAGGAUACGGCAGUGCAGGCGUUACCAGCUCAGCAGCAGUACACCAGAGAUAGCCGAUGGAGUAGGUGAGUCUGAAGAGCAAACUCCCAACUGUCAGAGCCAGAGUAACUCACGAUCGUUGGAUGGGACAACAAGCGGACAACUACUGACUCCCUGGGAGUCUGCAAUCUUUCAAAAGUUGGGACCGGGCAGCACCGGUGAACGUAACGACAAACAUCCCGUGCCCUCCGGAACCACGUUGAGUAGCCAAGAAGAAGAAACAAGCGUGACUAGAUUAUUGAGAUUCAGAGGUACCACCGGUGAAAGAGUAGGACCCCCAUGUCACGAGGUUGAGGAUGAGUCGGAAUCACGUGAUAGUAGCUUACGUGGUGAGUCCAGCAGGUUGUUACGCAGCACAGAAACUCCGCGAGGUCGUUCAGGAAAUGGCAGUCCCGAGAAAAGUGUUUCAACGAUGUCGACGCGGGCCUCGCUGUCUGGCACAUCAGAGAACGUUGAACCUGAAACUGCGGUAAAUCACGAUGUCUCUGGCUGUGAAGUGGGCAGACCUCGCGAGAAAAGUACUUUGUCCGAUACAUCGCAAAAUGAGGAAGAGAAUGGACCUUCAAAGAGGCAUUGCCUCGCACAGCGUGUCACAGUUAUCAAACCAGUGGUAAGAGUUGCACGUCUUCCAGAUAAUCUCAUAGCGAGCAUUUGCGGUCUACAGAAUCGGGGUGUGCAAUCAAACGUGCACAAUAAUGCUAGUAGAGAAGGUAUUGCAGCAGUUGGAAUAGAGUACAAAGAUAGCGAGUGCAUCGAGCAGUGCUCUGAAGAAUCAAUGGAUUGGGAUGCACAGCUGAUCUCUGAGAGAGAGUCUACUGAUACAGAAGCUGAAGGGGAAGGAGAACGUUCUGCAUCAACGAAAAUCUGUGCGUACGACACUUCCUCAGAAGAUUCUGACCUCGAAUGCGAAACACCAGUGUUAACGAUAGAUUUAGAAGCAACGUGUAGCGACUCCGUUAGUCUCAGUCUGAACAAAGAAACGUCUGAACGCGACGGCACAUCAGAGAACAUCGGAGAGAAUCUCUCCCCACCGUGUUUGCCGACGAGAAAACGAGGCGAGGAAAACGACGCAGACGCUGCAGCCAAUGUGUCACCGUCGAAAGAAACGAGGCGUAUAGGCCAAAACACAAACACCGAGCCCGUGACCGAAGAAAGUCCGGAGGGGAGAAGGUUCACAGAACGUUCCCACGACCAGGAACGUGGCAACGGCAGACAAGUUGUCGAUGCGAGUGUACGCCGCCGAAGGAAGCCGGUUCCGUUCAGCCAGCUGGAAGAGGAAGCCAUCUUCUUCGGCUUCUCGAAGUACUGGCAGGAUAGCAUGACGUGGAAGAAAAUCCAUGUGAAAGGUGGCUUCGUGGGCCGCACGACCAGUGACCUGAGAGACAAGUACAGAAACCUUCAGCGGAACUCUUUCGCAUAUAAUAGUGUAAAGAAGAGAGUUAGCAAGAAACGUGAACAGAAAAUUAACCCGCUGAAAGAGCUGCAGAAACAUAACGAACAUAACAGGCGGAGCAUGGAAGACCGCUGCACUAUAGUGCGCUAUUCUAUAUUGGUUUCAAGCAGACUCGGAAAUGAUGCCUCCACAAGCAGCUACAUCCCUAGUGAUGACAGUGACGUCACUAGUGAUGACAGUGACAGUGCUAGUGAUGACAUUGUAGUGUUAGAGGAAUGCGUGCGCGAGAGUGAACCGCGGAGUAAUAGAGAAUCGCUGAGGGGUUCUCUGAAUUCAACGGAAAGUAGUCAAGGGCAAGAAAUACUCGAGGAUCCGUGCUACGCCGAGACAGCAGAAACUCCUCCAGUGGUCACUGCAUCGACUACCAGAGGUAGUGCAAGUAGUACUCCUGGACAAGCCACAGUUACACAGGCAGACGUCGGUGACUCCAACAACGAUUCAGGAGUGCAAGACUCGUUUAUAGAAGACGGUACACCACCUGUAGUGGAAAGAAUGGAAAGAACCGGUGUUGCCACAUAUAGUCAAACAAAGAGGAAGUGCUUCUGCGAUGCAGAAGUUGAGGCGCUCGUGUACGGGGUGUUGAAGCACGGCAGAGGAAAUUGGUCGGUGAUUAAGCAGCUCGGUGGAUUUCAUGAUCGCUCCUCGACCGACCUCUCGGAUAAGUACAGGAACUUGGAGCGUUCGGUCGAGAGGAUGUCGAGGCUCAAGGACAAAGUUAGAGAACAAGAAAGGGUGGGGAAGGAUCCGUUGCAGAACUGGAAGAGGAGAAAUGUGCAGAUAUGAGAUAAGACCUCUCAUCUUGGAGCUCCCUGUUUGUUUUUAAUUUUAAUUUUGAGGAUGUUACAUAACCGUGUAAUGAGGACGAUUGUUUUUGAGUUUUCCUGAAAUGCAGACUAAAGCGGUGCAGUUUUUGUACUUGCGAACAGUGCGUCUCGCAGUUUAAAGUGGCCUUUCUUCGCACAAGACGUGUACGCAGGGAACAACUUUGGGUUAGCCAUGUCGUAGCAAAUUUUACGAGCAUUACGUACGUUUCCCCAGUGCUUCACAACUCUAAAUACCUCAUUUUUCUAAACUUUUUUCCUGGGCAAGCUGCUCAUAGUAGCGUUGAAUAAAUUAAUAAGUGAAU